AUACCCUCAGUAAACGAGCGUUUAGGCCAGCUAAGACCAAGCAAGGAACUGCUAGAAUAUUACAGAAGGAAGAUUACUGAAUAUGAUAGUGAACAAGAGGAACUGGCCAAGAAAUUAAAUUCCUUUAAAAAUUUGUUUGAAGAACAACAUAAACUUCAAUCAGAACUACGCCAACGAGAAGAAGAAAUCACUGAGUUGCAACAAGCACUAAGCGACAUGCAAGUAUAUUUAUUCCGAGAAAGAGAACAUGUACUGCAAAUAUAUUCUGAAAAUAGCCGCCUUAAAUUGCAAGAAAUGGCUGAUAGAAAAAAAAUUCAGGAACUUCUUGCUCUAGUCAAUUCUUCAGACAACUUGGAAUCAACUUAUUUUUAUAAAACAUUACCAGAUAAUAUCGUAAUUCGAAAAACUAAUAGCCCAACAGAAUUAAAUCUCGAUAAAUCGGUAUCAGGUAACCGCUAUAUAAUUGUAGGGUUUGAUAAAGGAAGGGAUAGUAUAGCUAAGGAGGAAUCAACCAGUUGCGCGGAUGUCGAAACACUAUUUCUGCAGAUAGAAUCAUUGCAAGCGGAAUUAGAGGAAUAUAAAAAGCUGUCGAAAGAUCGAAUAACUGUAUUACUGGAGGAUAGAAACGUCCGAGUAGAAGAACAAAAGGCAACUCAAAAGCGUGCCUCGGACAAUAUUCAAUUAUUAUCAGAUAAAUUGCAGAAAACGCAAAGCUUGUUAUACGAAAGUACUAAGGAUUUUUUAGAAUUGAAAUAUACAACGAAACUGAAAGAAAGAGAAUGGAUGUUCAAUAAAGACAAUAUGCUUCAAGAAUUGGAGUUACUGCGUUUUGAAAUACAAAAUAAGACUACCUCACCGAUGUCUACAGUCUUAACCGCAAAUCCGAAAGUUACAGAAUCAGACACCGCCAGGCAGCAUUUAUUAGCAACUCACUUCUUACGAGAACAAUUAACACAGGUGCAGAAGUUAGCUGACAUGUACCGCGAGCAAUGUAUCAACUUUGAAGAUGAACUUUGUAAAUUGCGAGAACAAGAAGAUGCUUCACAGCAAGCAUUCCACGAAAGAACAGAAAAAUUACGUAAAAGACUAGCCCUAAUGAACCAAAGAUACUUAGCCCUGGAACAAAGACGAGUGCUAGAAGUUGAAGGUUUUAAAAAUGACAUCAAGGCAUUAAGAAAUCGCCUUCAGGAUGUAGAGAAGCAAAUACUCAAAGUCACCGCUGGUACUGCAGACGAUAGAGAAUUUCGAUUCUUGAAGGAUAUUCAACUUAAUGCUGGAAAAUCCAAAAUGAUUCUAGAGACACUAAAGGAAUUAAAAGUCAAAAUGUAUUCAUUGGAAAGUGAAUUAAGA